UCUGUGUGUGUGUGUGUAUCUGUGUGUGACUGCCGCCGGCCCCAUGUCUCAGAGAGCAUGGCCCGCAAUGCGAGCCAGGAGGCCGGCCUGGGGAUGCCAAGCCCCGCGGCAGCAGCAGCAGCAGGGGGAGGCAGAGUGGAGUUUGUGGGCAUGAGGGAUGUGGAAUCCGCACUGAGAAGACCCACAGGUUUGGACACGGCUGAGUACCGGGCUUUCACCCAGCAAGGCAGCCGCCUGAGUCUGCUGGCCAGCCCGCUGGCGAGAGGCGACUGUCCCCGCAGGAGUGUGAACUACAGGAGGCUGCAAAACCUCAUCUACAACGUCCUGGAGAGACCACGGAGCUGCGCCUUCAUCUACCACGGCUUUGUGUUUGUCCUGGUCUUCAGCUGUUUGGUUCUGUCCGUACUUUCGACCAUCCCGGAGCACACCGUUCUUGCUUCACAUUGUCUCUUCAUCCUGGAGUUUGUGAUGAUCGUGGUGUUUGGUCUUGAGUUCAUCAUCCGGAUCUGGGCAGCAGGCUGCUGCUGUCGAUAUCGUGGCUGGAUGGGGCGUAUUCGCUUUGUGCGGAAGCCAUUCUGCAUCAUCGACAUCAUCGUCCUAAUUGCCUCCAUUGCAGUCAUCGCUGCUGGCACCCAGCAGAAUAUAUUUGCCACAUCGGCGCUCCGAAGUCUCCGCUUCUUACAGAUCCUUCGCAUGGUCAGAAUGGACCAUCGAGGGGGCACCUGGAAACUGCUUGGGUCUGUGGUUUACGCACACAGUAAGGAGUUAAUUACUGCUUGGUACAUUGGCUUCCUGGUGCUGAUCUUCUCCUCCUUCCUUGUUUACUUGGUUGAGAAGGAUUCAAACACAGAGUUCGCCACUUACGCCGAUGCUCUGUGGUGGGGCACAAUCACUCUGACGACCAUCGGUUAUGGGGAUAAGACUCCAACCACAUGGCUCGGGAGGCUGCUGUCAGCUGGCUUUGCUCUCCUUGGGAUCUCCUUCUUUGCACUUCCUGCUGGUAUUCUUGGCUCAGGGUUUGCCUUAAAAGUUCAAGAGCAACAUCGUCAGAAACAUUUUGAGAAGAGAAGGAAUCCAGCAGCCAGCCUCAUUCAGGCUGCUUGGCGGUUGUACUCCACUGAUGGUAGCCGCACAUACCUGGUGGCCACCUGGCGAUUUUAUGAGAGUGUCCUGUCUCCACUCAGAAGAGACCAAGGAGAAACUUUCAGCAGCCACAAGUUAAGUUUUAAGGAGCGUGUCCGAAUGACCAGCCCCAGGGGUCAAGCUGUAAAGGGCAGACAGGCCUCGCUAGUGACAGACCGACGGUCAUCCAGCAAUGACCAAACUACAGAGGCUAGUCCCACCAAGAUGCAGAAGAGUUGGAGCUUCAAUGAUCGGACUCGAUUCCGACCUUCACUCCGUUAUAAGAGCUGUCAGUCACGGGGAGUUUCGGACGACACUGCUCUCGGUACAGAUGAAGGUUUUGAUGAGCGAGGAGCUCAGUGUGAGUUCUCCAUGGAAGAACUCACCUCGGUUCUCAAGACAGUGAUCAGAGCUAUCAGGAUUGUGAAGUUUCAUGUUGCAAAGAGGAAGUUCAAAGAAACCCUCCGUCCAUAUGAUGUAAAGGAUGUGAUUGAGCAAUAUUCUGCAGGACAUUUGGACAUGCUCUGUAGGAUCAAGAGCCUGCAAUCACGUGUGGAUCAUAUGCUUGGAAGAGGACAGCUCACAACAGACAAGAGGUCACGUGAGAAAGUCCCACCAGACAUUAAUGCCACUGAUGAUCUCAGCAUGAUGGGACGGGUGGUAAAAGUUGAAAAACAGGUACAGUCUAUCGAAUCAAAGCUCGACUGUCUCCUGGAUAUCUACAGGCAGUGUCUGCACACAGGCUCUGUCUCAGCACUAACACUCGCCUCACUGCAGAUGCCAGUAUUUGAGUCUGAUCAGACAUCUGAUUACCAAAGUCCUUUAGAUGGGCCUAAUUCAGCACAGUUUGGUGGUUGCAUGUCAAGAUCCACAAGUUCGAGGGGAUUACAGCACAUCCUAUCACCUAAUGAUCCAUGUGUUCCCUCUUGCUGCACCAUCAGCUCAGUCAUGCACCCUCAGGUUCCUCCAACUACUGACAGUGAUGGACCCACAAUGUCUGCAGUAAAUCGAAUGGUUCCAUCAGCCAAAGUUGCCAUGCCAACACUACAAUUGUCACCAAUUCAGAAUGUGUGCAGGGCAACACCUCUCCAGAUUAUCCCAACCACCAGAGAUGCCACCUCCUGCCCUCCUGCUGGUCAAGGAGCAGGAAUUAACCUCAUUCAGGAGACACAGUGGAAGAGAAGCCAAAGUGCGGAGAACGAAUCUUUGGUCAGAGAUUGCUCACUCACAGAAAAACCCUUAGAGCACUCACUGUCUGUGCAAAAUCUGAUCCAAUCCACACACAGUCUGAGAGUCCCCACCACUGGCAGCAGCUACAAGGUGAACCAAGAGCACUACUCUGAAUUGGCAGAUUCACUUCUUUUGCCGAGAGAUGAGGAGACUGGUGCAGAGAUGCUGGAAGCCAAUGUCUCACUGAGGAUGGAUAUAACCAGAACCCAUCAGCACUUUAGCCGAAGUAAGGAGCCAUCAAGCCCCUUGAGCCUGUCUCAUGUUCAACUAAAAUGACAUCAGAAGAAGCUUUCCUUUUGACUCUGGCUUCACUUUCUGAAAUAUAUCAGCAAGUGGACUGUCGCUGAGGAUGAGACAUAUUGUGAAACUUUCACAUGCAAGGAUCUGAACAAAUCAGAAAGGCACUUGUAGGAGCAGUUAUGAGCUAGUUGCAUGAAAAAUGCAUGUUAAAUUUGAAAUGAUAUCUGUUUACAGUGUUAUGAUUAAAACAGCCUGUUUCUGCUGAUAUAGCAGGCAUUAUUCUUGUAAGAAAUGUGCACAGAAAUUGUUUGAGGAUGGACCAGAGUACAUUUAAUCAACUGUCUGAACAGAUUAAAACUAUUAUUAUUUACAGCACAUGUUCAGUGAUGUUGCAUCUCAAGGCUUUCAAGCCAAUUGUAACAUGCAAUUAUUUUGUCCAGGUAAUGGUUACUGUUUACAUCAGAAGUAUCUUUCAGCUACAUGUGAGGUACAAUGAUCAGUGUGUCUGUUACAAGGCAAACACACUCAUUCACCACCCUUUUGAAAGUUUAUUCCUAUAUAUUUUGGUAAACUGUUGAUAACUUUAUUUUAAAACUGUAUUCUAGUUUAACCUUACCUUUGCUGAGGAAAGUGUAAGGGUAGUCUGCAAGAUUAAAAUUCAGAGAGUGCCAGAGCUAAAAGUCUCAUUGCUGCGGAGUGCAAUAUGAAUUAAGUGAUGAGACUUCUUAUCGAACAGAUAAAAUUUUUGAUGUGCAGUUUUCCAAUAGAAUGAAAUGUUGAUGCUUCACAGAAAAUAUGAGCUCACUAUUGAAUGUUUUGUAUGUAAUUUUGUUAAUCUAUGAUUAUGAUAUUUGUACCAAUUAGUUGUACAAUACCAUGUCGAACAGCAGCUGAGCUGGUGGAUCCAGAUGCUGCCUUGAAGCACAAUUUGCUGCAUGAUUGAUCUUAGUGUAAAACACAUAGCAUUUUACAGCACAGGAGGAGGCUAUUCAGCCUAUCACACAAUCAGAAGAGUUAUUCAAUUUGUUACACUCUCAGUAUAUUUUCUUCUUAACCAUGUGAAUGUUUUCCUUCCAGUAAUUGCCCAAUUGCUUUUGUAUGGAUAUUAUUAAAUCUUCCACCUCCCUGUCAGAUUGUGCAUUCCAUAUCAUUGUAACUCACUGCGUUGCCUCAUCUACAAGUUUGAUUUGCCAAACUUUAUCUAGCUAUCAAAUCUAGCUACUGAUGCUCUUGCCAAUGGAAACAGUUUCUCCCUGUCUACUCUAUCAAAACUCUUAAUAAUUUUGACAACCCCUAUGCAAUCACCUAUUAACCUUCUCUGUCAUAAAGAAAACAAUCUCAGCCUCUCCAGUCUUUCUACAUUAUUCAAGUCCCUCAUCCCUAAUACCAUUCCAGUAAAGCCUCUCUGCACCUUCUCAAGCACUUGACAUCAAUUUCUAAAGUGUCAAAUUUGACAAAAUGCUCCAAUUGAUGCCUAAAAAGUUUUUAUAGAGGUUUAGCUUAAUUUUGUUUUUGUACAAAAUGACUUUAUUUAUAAAGCUCGUCAUUCUAGAUGAUUUGUUUUUGCAGCCCCUGCAAAGGUGUGUGUACAUGAACCCCCGCCCAGAUUUCCUUGUUGUUCACCUAGAAUUUACAGUCGCAAGACAUAUCCCCACCACCGAUGUUUGUCUAACUGGUCUAGAAUUGUUGGGUUUAAAUCUUUUUGGAACAGAGGUGUAACAUCUGUGAUCCUCUUGUCCUCUGCCAACCAAUCCUGUACCCAAAAAGUUUGUAAGAUUGUAUCCAGAGCUUCCAUAAUUCCCAUCUUUAGUUCCCUCAUUAACCUGAGGUCCAAACUGGGUGACCUUUCUACUUUGAGCCCCAUAAAAUACCUCAAACGUUCGUACCAAAAUUCAUCUCUUCACACUUCUCUACAAUUAAUUUAUCUGCCACAAGUCUGCACAUUUUUCUAGCCUGCUUUGUUUUCCUGAGGUCUUACUAUCCUCAUCAUUUUUUUACCACAUUUCUAAUUUUGAUCAUUUGCUUCUGUGAAAUUAGCUUUGCAUGUACAAAUCCAGGUCAUUAAUGCAGAAUAAAAAGAGCAAUGGUCCUAAUAAUGAUCCUAAAGAACACCCUGUAUAUUACCUUCCAACCCGAAAAACAACCGUUCACAACUACUCUCUACCUUCUGACCCUUAGGCACUUUGUAUCCACACUGCUGCUGCCUCCUUAAUCCUUAGGAUUUAAUUUUCUUAACAAUUAUAUUGUGUGACACUUUAUCAAUUGCCUCUUAAAUGCUCCAACAUGUAUCCACUACAACAUCCUUUCCAUUACUUCAUCAAAGAAUUUAAUAACUUCUUCUAGAGAUGAUCUUGCUUUAACAAAUGUGUGCUGAGUUUCAUUUAUUGACCCAUAUUUUUCUAAGUGGCAAUGCACUGGAAUUACAGUUUAAAGAAAUAUCCCCACGACUGAUGUUUGUCUAACUGGCCUAUUGUUGUUGGGUUAAAAUCCUUUUGGGACAGAGGAGUAACAUCUGUGGUCCUCUUAUCCCCGACAAUCAACUCCAUAUCCAAAAAAUUUGGAAGAUUGUGUCCAGAGCUUCCACAAUUCUCAUCUUUAGUCCCCUCAUUAACCUGAGGUCCAGACUGGGUGACUUUUCUACAUAAUUACUUUUGUUAUUUUUAUUUAUCCAAUUUUUCUUCUGUAUCCUCACUGAAUGUCACCUUGGCAGCAAUGUCUUCUCAAGUGAAAACAGCAAGCUCCCUCUCCCAAGCAUCUCUCCUUUAUGGCUCUUAAUUGGUCCCACCUCACUUCCAUUGACUACCCCUUUAGAAUUUAUGGGCUUAAAUUGACAUUGGAACCACAUUUCCAUUCACCACUUAUCUGUUUACAUACUUUCUGCUUACUGCCAUUCCUUUUUUACAUUUCUUUUGCAGUUUCUGUGCUCAACUAGAUCCCUAAUUUAUUAUGAAUCUGACUUUUAUGAUCAUCGUUAUUCUUCUGUUUAAUUUUAAUGCCAAUUUCUUUAGUUCACUAAGGAGCUCAUCGCAGGAGUAUGUUUAUCAAACCUUCUUCCAUUUGAAGGUCUCUUAUUGAUCACUUAUUGAUUUACCUGCCAGGUUUUAACUCCAAUCUGCUUUAACUUCACUGAGAUUAAUCUACUUCUUUGAGUGUUUUGACAUUUAAUAGUUCCUUGUCCUUUUCCAUAGCUACUCCAAUAUGAUCACAAGUUCCUAACUGCUAGCUUCCCACUGAAAAUGCUCCAUGUUAUUCCCAAAAAUCAGAUCUAACACUGUUCUAUUCUUUGUUAGGCUGGAAACAGAGUGAUUGGUAAAGUUCUCUUAUACACAUUUCAGGAAUUACUCCAGUCCUUAUCCUUUUACAUUUUUUCCCACCAAUGGAUGAAGACUCCCACUAUCUCACUACUCUAUUGAUUUUGCAUAUUUAUGUUACAUGACUGAUAUAGCUGCAUAUAGCUCACUAUAAAUUUUUGCCAUAAUGUUACCUGACAUUGUCAAGACAGCGAAAAAGUAAUUUCCUCAUCGUCUUCUUAAAAUUUUAACUUAUUUGGCAUAUGUAGACAUUUGUAAAUAAUCACUAAAAACUUAAAAACUACAAUGAAUGAGUCUGAAUUUCCAUUCAUCAAAACUCAGUCUGUAAAUUUUACAAACUGUAUAAUAUGUAAAGGAUAUAUAGGUUUUACAGCCAAUGAUUCUUUUUCUUAUUUGAUCUGUAUAUGGUGCCUUUCUUGCCUGAUGUUCUAACAAAUGUGAAGACUAAAGAUGAAUCCCUAAUGUAACGGAGGCUCCUGAAAAAUAAUAAGGGUCUUUUAAGAUCAAUUUUACUUGGGCUUAGUGUCAAUUCAAAUCCUAUUUGAGUAAUUUUCAUAAAUUGUUUCACAAGUAAUUUAUUACAUGGAAGUAUGUCAUUUUGCCUUAAAUAACUUGAUGGCGGUAAGAUUUAGAUUUGUUUAAUUUAUUUGUUCAGUGACAGAUCAAUUCUGGCUUCUUUAAUAAGGUAAUGACAUCUUUUCUCGAAGCCUAAUAAACCAAGAGAAAUCAAA